AUGGAUUUGUUGGAGGUGUUUCUCAGUCGACGCAUCCAGCCCCUCCAAGCUCGCGAUCAUCCAAUGUGGAUGUACUCGGGCACCAAUGACACCGCUCGGGUCCACCCAGAGGAGGUCACCGAGGAGACGGUGGCACAGUGGUUGCGGAGCAUCACUGGAAACAAAGACAACCCCAGGGGGUCUAGAAGAGUUGUACCAUUCGACGCCGAAAAUGAGCCAGACAAGGUUUAUACUGAGAUGUAUUCGAUGCCAAACGGGGAGCAAGUCCAGGAGGGGACGGAGAGCACAGAUGAGAGUGGCGACUGGCAGUCUCCCGAUGAUAAUGAAGACGACAGUGACGACUCGGACGACAGUGAGGAAGUCGAGACUUCGUCUCCAGAACCAUCUGAAAAGGCUGCCAAGCAGCCCAAGGUCGCCCCCUCAAAGCCUCGGAAGGCCUUGCCUAAGAUUAAGGUGGACGUUCCUGUCACUUCUGCUGCUGCGACUUCUGGGACCUCCAUGGACAUUUACAAGGAUCGAGAUGAUGAAGAAACUGAAGAUGCGGCCACUUCAAAAGCGGCACCACAAAAUGUCAUUGAACUUCCAGACGACGACGAAGACGUGCCCCAGAAGACCACGGGAAGGAAGGGCAGGACUUCGAGCAGGAGGGUGCCCGCCAGUAAGAAAUCUUGUGAGCUCGGGGCCCAGUUUGCUGAACUGGAGAGGAAGCGGAUCAGUCUCAACCUCGACUUGGAGCUGGCCAAGGAGAAUCUUCAGAAAGCCAAGGAUGAAGCAACUGCCAUGGGAGACAAAAUGAAGCAGGCUCUGGAGCAGAAGGACCUCGACCUUGCAGCAGCGCAGAAGACGGCACAAGAAAAAACUAAACUUGCUGAUAAGAAGCUGGCUUCAGUCAGCAAGUUAGAAGAAGAAAACGCCAAGCUGAAGACUACCAUUAGCGAAGCCAACAAAGAAGUCAUGCAGCUGAAGAAGGACAAGGAGGCUCUGACCGACAAGGUCGGAGAUCUCACUCGAAAGAGGGACGAACUGGAGGCAUCUGGGAGGACUCGCCAAGAAGAUGUUCCUUAUGCUUGA